AGCAUUCUCCCUUUUCAGUUCACCAGUGUCAUAUGCGAGGGGAGGGCAGUGCUACUUAGCCCUUUGGCUUGCGGCAAUUUGCCAAGUUUCAGCAGUUUCCCUUUUCAGUUCACCGGUGUUAUAUGCUCCGUGCGACACGGAAAAGAUAUCAUCGAAGUCUCAAAAACCAGGCUUAGGCUACUUUAUGCCUUGAUACCGGUCGACCUCUCUCGAUGAUACUUAAAGAUGGGCAAACUGCCUGUAUCGUGCUCACAUCUCUCGACUAUUAACAUCAAAUACAACAACAUCAUUGAUACCUCUCCAAUUCUCGACUUCUACUCGAAAUCAUCUUGUCCAAAAUCAUGCAGUUGACAACAGCCCUUGCCGCCCUUGGCAUUAUCGCGUCUGUCAACGCAAUCGAUAUCAAUCUUUACGGACCAUUCGUUUGCGAAGGCACAUACGCAACAUGUCGCAAUCAUGCCCAAGACAAAUGUUGCGGUCAUCCCAGGCUUCAAUAUAACUCAGUCAAAUUUGACUACCUUCCGGCAGAAUGGGACCUCCAACUCCGUGGCUAUCAGGGCGGGUCGUGUUCUCGGCGUACCAAGACUCUUAGGUCCAAGGGUUUCUCGUGGCGAUGCUUUUACGAAGGUCCCUUCACUGGGGCUGGUUACGGUUUCAACAACAAGAAGAGGGGAGAGAUCGGAGGAAGCGCCCAAGAGGACAUUGGAGAGUGUCAGGUACCAGAUGUCCUUGUCCUUCAGGAUGGGACGGAGUACUCUCUCAAAGGCGUUGAUGAGAACACAAUUUCUUCGAUCUUCGAGAGCUUAGGGGAUAUCAUAACCGCACACGAUAUCCCCGGUGGCGCUGAGGAUCUUCGCUUGUUGUAAGCGCAUAAGCUAAUUAACAAUUCGAUUCGGUAAGCAAAUUUCAACAAUGCGCUUUUUAUAGAGGUAUCGAAGAUCACUUCUUGUAGACCGAGCUACUUCCUUGUCCUAUACGUGCAUCCUCUAAAACCCCCAUUCUCUACCCUAUUAUUAAGAUUCCAUAUCUAGAUUAGGGGUUUGUACUACUAGAAG